AUGAAGCAGAAGCAAUCGAUUCAAGAACGCUCUGAAAACAACGGUACGGCAGCAGCAGUUUCUCAAUCGCCUAGUGAGUCCGAUGACUCACUGUACCCGAUCGCCGUUCUCAUCGAUGAACUUCGCAAUGAGGAUGUGCAUCUGAGAUUGAACAAUAUCCGCAAGUUGUCUACUAUCCCUCUUACGCUCGGAGAGGAACGCACUAGAAAUGAAUUGAUUCAAUUCCUAACAGACACCAUUUAUGAUAAGGACGAAGUGCUGCUCAUUCUUGCUGAACAGCUUGGAAACUUCACUCCUUUGGUUGGCGGUCCGGAAUACGUCCACUGUCUGCUUCCUCCGCUCGAGAAUCUCGAGAAUCCCCCCUCCCCCCGCGCUCCUCCUCCCCUAGCUGCCGGUGCUGUCCUUUAUUGA